AAAAAAAGUAAAAAAAUAAAAGAAUUUAAAGAGAAAUAAGAUUUGCAGGGUCGAUGAAUGAAAAAAAGACAAAGAGAACGGUGAGAUAGAAAUAAAAUUGGAGAAGAUUGGGAUAAUGUUAAAGAACAGACCAACAAUAAAGAAGAUUCCGUCCUUUUCUCGCGAAAGUGAAGCAGAAAGGUCUGUAAAAGACAGAGAUUUGAGUUUGUUCAGUGAGAAUCAAAUCUUAACAGGUAUGCAUGCCGCUGCACGCGCAGCUGAGAGGGCAACUGGAGUCGGAAACAGGCCGAGACGCACGACGGUCAGGUUUUGGGCAAAGGAGGGGUUCGAUUGGGG